UGUCGUACUAGCACGAGUGCUCCAGACCGCUAUUAAGCUGCGCUGGAUUGAUAAGAGCACACGAUGGCGUGGCUAUUUCUGUGGGCAUUUGCUUUUCAAUACAUACUGAUAGCGAAUGCAGAUGGAAUAUAUUCUGUUUCGGCCCCCGACACCAUUCGAUCCUAUAUCGACUUCAAUGUGGCCGUGACCCUGCACAGUGCUGAUGGACCCUGCAGGAUGAGGGUGAGCCUUGAUGGACCCUCGUUUAACAUGUCCCAGGAGGUUCAUCUUGAGCCCAUGUCCUCGAAGAAGCUGACCUUCAGGAUCCCGAAACUCUCGAGUGGGGACUAUCAUCUCACGGCCGAGGGUCUUUCGGGCGUUAUAUUCAAGGAGACCUCCGAACUGGCCUUCUCUGACGACAAGCCCUCCAUCUAUAUUCAAACUGACAAGGCUACCUACAAGCCCGGCGACCUCGUGCAGUUCAGAGUUAUCUUCCUGGACAGGUACACUCAGCCAGCCAGGAUACACAAGCCCAUAUCUAUCCAAAUACACGAUGGGCAGAAGAACCAGAUCGAAGAGUGGUCCAAUGUGAGGCCCUCCAAGGGAGUUUUCUCGGGAGAACUCCGACUAUCCAGCCGUCCGGUUCUGGGAAAUUGGACCAUUGGUGUCACAAUUCAAGGGGAGAGCACGGAGACCAAGGUCAUAAGGGUGGACAAGUACGUUUUGCCCAAGUUCGGGGUGCGGGUGGAGACGCCUACGGAUGUGGUGGCCACCGGCGGCGAUUUCACGGCCACCAUCCAAGCCAAGUACACCUUCGGAAAGCCCGUCAAGGGAAAGGCCACCAUCGCAAUCGAGGGUGGUAGGACGAGCAAGACCGUGGACAUCGAUGGGACUGUCAAUGUGGAGCUGCCCUACGAGGCCACCCUAAAAUCGCCCCUGAAAGUGGUAGCCACCGUUACCGACGAACUCACGGACCUUAAGCACAAUGGCACCGCCUAUGUGACCCUUCACCAGAAUCGCUAUAUCCUUCUUUCCAUCGAUUGGCCACAGAACUACAUGGCUGGGAAGGAGCACUCCUUCCUGGUGGCGGUCACCAAUGUCAAUGGUUCGCCGGUCACGAACUCAAGGAGCAAAGUUAAAUUUAGUUUCGUUUGCGGCCGUAAUGGAAGAAAUAUCGAGGUUCCUUUAAAAAACAGUGCUGCACUAGGCACAAUUUUGUUUCCGGAUAAUGGUUGCUCGAGAUGCGAGGUGACUGCCUCGUUCGAGGGCUCGGCCAGCAUAACUCAAUCCAUUUUUAAGCUGGAAAAUGCACUUAGGAUCGAGGUCAGUUCUACAAAGCACGAACUAAGCAAAAAAGUCAAGUUCGAUGUGGUAUCCACUGAGGACCUGCCCUACUUCAUGUUCACGAUCGCCGCGCGGGGAAAUAUCAUACUGAAUGCUUAUGUUCGAGUCCCCAGAGGCGUGAGAAGGCAGAGCGUCUCCUUCAUACCAAAUUUCGGCAUGGUGCCCCAGGCCACCCUUUUUGUGAGCUACGUGGUGAACGGGGAAAUGCGCUCCGAUCAGGAAACAAUCAACUUCCAGAAGGACUUUGGCAAUUCGAUCGAAGUCACGGUUCCUGAAAAGGCAGAGCCUGGCGAAGUGGUGAACCUAUCAGUAAAGACCGAUCCCCAUUCCUUCGUAGGACUUCUGGGAGUCGAUCAGAGUGUUUUGCUUUUAGGAUCUGGUAAUGACCUCAGUCAUAAGCACAUCCUCGAUAAUCUCAGCAACUUCGCAUCGAACGAACUGGUGACCCUGACCAACGCUAAGCGACCAACCACGGAUGGAAGCCUGGGGGUAGGUCGAUCGUCAUCUAAGGAUACGUGUGGCGGCGGUCGUUCUACGGGAACAUCAGAUAAUUCUCCAACAUCGGGCAAACUACCACCCCUUUCGAAGUCGACCAAACCCACCGAAACACGCCCAGUUCGUCAGGAGUUCCCUGAAACCUGGCUAUUCGAGAAUAUAACCGACGUUGGAGGAAAUGGUGCCGUGCUACGUAGGAAGAUGCCCGAUACCAUCACUUCCUGGGUAAUCACUGGCUUCUCCCUGAACCCGAACUCUGGAUUUGCCAUGACCAAGAACCCAUCCAGCAUUCGAGUCUUCCGGCCGUUCUUUAUUUCCACCAACCUGCCGUACUCCGUAAAGAGGGGAGAGAUUAUAGCCAUACCAGUGGUGGUUUUUAAUUACCUUGACAGACAGGUGGAGGCUACGGUUUGGUUGGACAACUCGGACCAGGAGUACGAUUUCUCCGAGGUCGUAAGCGAAAAGGUGGCGAGGGACUUGCACCUGGGUCGCCGCUACAAGCGCAUUACCGUACCUGCUGAAACUGGAGCAAGCCUUUCGUUCAUGAUCCGCCCCAAGAAGGCGGGGCUGACCUCGCUGAAGAUCACCGCCCAGUGUAAUUGGGCUCAGGACUCCAUCCACGAAAGACUGCGAGUGGAGGCCGACGGUGUCACCAAGUACGUGAACAAAGCCAUUCUGGUGAAGGUUAAUGCCAGAAGUCGUCGAAGUCUGGGAGAGCCGGAAAAGACCAUCGAGGUGGAGCUUCCCCCCAAUGCUGUCCCAGGCUCUGAGGUCACGGAGAUCUCAGUGGGUGGGGACAUCCAGGCGCCCACUUUGGGGAACCUUGGCGAUCUAGUUGAACUGCCUCAUGGAUGCGGCGAGCAGAACAUGAUUAACUUUGUUCCCAACAUCAUGGUGCUUUGGUAUCUACAGGCCAUGGAUCUCAGGGAUCCUGCCUUAGAGCAGAAGGCCAAGAGGUUUUUAGCCACUGGCUAUCAGACCGAGCUGACCUACAAGCACAGCGAUGGAUCCUACAGCACUUGGGGACCAUCACGUUCUUCGAGUAGCACUUGGUUAACAGCCUAUGUGAUCCGCUCUUUCCACAUGGCCAAAAGUUUCACACACAUCGACACCAGUGUCUUGAGCGAAGGACUAAGCUUCCUGGCAUCCAAACAAGGUCGAAAUGGGGAGUUUCCGGUAAAUGGCGUCUAUUACAGUCAAAUGCAGAGUCCCUUGGCCUUUACCUCCUUUGUGCUGCUUACCUUCUUUGAAAAUGAGGAGUACCAACCACAAUACCAGCAUGUGAUUGACAGAGGAGUUCAGUAUGUGGAGAGCCGAGUGGACGAAUGCAGGGAUCAGUUCUCCCUAGCUAUUGCCGCCCUGGUUUUAUCCCUAAGCGAAAGGCCAAAGGCCGAGGAGGUCUUAAACCGACUGGAUCGUAUGGCCAGGCACAAGGAUGGCCUCAAGUGGUGGUCCAGAAACGCCGAUACCAUCUCUAACAACGACGUGGAGCUCACCUCCUACGUGUUCCUCGCCAUGUUGGAGAACGAGUUUACGACUGAGCCCCUGCCCAUUGUGGAGUGGCUAGCGGGCCGGAGGAAUAGACACGGAGGCUUCGGGUCCACCCAGGACACGGUCCUGGGUCUGCAAGCCCUGACCAAGUUCGCAGUGGAAGUUGGGCAGUCCCCGGGGGAUAUGGACGUUUUAUACAGCCUAUCGCAGGACGGAGAAAAAACUAGAAUCAAGGUCACCCCCGAGCAAAGGGACCAAAUGGUGUACCAUCCGCUGCCGGAGAAAACGAAUAAGGUAUUUGUCCGCGGCCAGGGCACAGGAAUCUCCCUUGUCCAGCUCACAUACCGCCACAAUGUGGCCUCCGAGGAGGAGAAGCCAAGCUUUAGGGUAACCACCUCUGUUAAGGAUUCCCCAAAGAAUCAUCUCAAGUUGGAAUUCUGCGCCGAAUACACCCCCAUCGAGGCGGCUAAUAAGGGAAAGCCCUCCAACAUGGCCCUCAUGGAGAUACAACUGCCCUCUGGUUUCGUUCCCACAGCCGAGGACCUCGAGAAGAUUCGCUCUACUAGCGGCGUGAAGCUUGUCGAGACCAAUAAAAUGGACUCCAUAGUAGUGGUCUACUUCGACAGCCUGAGUGAAGGUGACCCCAAAUGUGUGACCGUGUCCGCAUCUCGAGCCCACUACGUGGGCAAGCACAGGCCCUCCUACGUUGAGGUCUAUGACUACUACGUCAAGGAUCGCAGGGCACGCGUGUUCUAUGCGGUGGACUCCUCUCUGUGCGACAUCUGCGAGGGCGAGGACUGCGGUCGCCAAUGCCUAAAGACUGUUUAAGGGAUCAGAUCUUGAGCAACAGGAUCCUAGCUAAACAGCACCCAGCACUUUUUACACUGUAUCUUAGGUUCUAUGCUAAAAUAAAGAGUAUAAA